UAAACAUUGGUUUAAAAUUAAGUAUUUAAAAUGGGAGUGAAAGAUCUUUGGAAUAUUUUAUCGCCUUUGUGUGAGAGAAAACCAAUGUAUGAACUUCAAGGAAAGACGGUAGCGAUUGAUCUGAGUUGUUGGGUUGUAGACAGCCAAGCAGUAUCAGAUAAUUCUGCACAACCAAAAAUGUAUCUUAGGAAUCUCUUUUUUCGUACAGUGUUUCUCCUUAUGCAAGGAAUAUCACCAGUAUUUGUAUUAGAAGGGAAAGCACCUACGUUGAAACAUAAUACAAUUGCAAGAAGAAAUGAUGUUCGUUCUGGACUUCAAGAGAAAAAAUCUUCUCGCAAGGGAGGAAGAACACAAUUUAAUAGAAUUCUUCAGCAGUGCAAGGAAUUGCUUCAAUACAUGGGUUUAACAUGUGUACAAGGACAAGGAGAAGCAGAAGCAAUGUGUGCUUAUUUAAAUGAAGAUGGACUUGUUGAUGGAUGCAUAAGUCAAGAUAGUGAUUGUUUCCUAUAUGGAGCAAAAGUAGUUUAUAGAAAUUUUUGUACAAGUGCACAAGGAAAUCGUGGAGGUACAGGUGGUGCUAUAGAUGAAUACACAAUAGAAAAAAUAGAAAAGAUAUUGGAAUUAGGAAGAAAUAAAAUGAUAGCAUUAGCUUUAUUAUGUGGUUGUGAUUACAAUGAUGGACUCAGUGGAGUUGGCAAAGAAGCUGCUAUGAAACUUUUUAAAAUUGUAAAAGAUGAAGAUAUUCUUGAACGAAUAAAAAGUUGGAAAACGGACACUAGUUUAGAUCACAAAGAAGCAGAAUUAUUAAAUUCAAAUUUAUGUUCAUCUUGUGGGCAUAGUGGUAAAGUGCAAAAGCAUACAAAAUCGGGUUGUGUAGACUGUGGUACCACUGUCAAGUGCAAUGAUUCUUUUAGAGAAAAGAGAAUGUUAUUAUUAAAUGAAAUUGCUUUACGGAAAAAGGCACUUUGUGUUGAAGGUUUUCCAAAUCAAGAAUUAAUAGAUGAAUUUCUUAUUAGGAAAGACCCAACACCUAGGAAAAUAGACAUUCAAUGGAAACAACCACAAAUAAAUAAAUUUAUAGAUUUCAUGGAACGACAUUUAUCGUGGGAACCGCAAUAUGCAUUUGAAAAGAUGUUUCCUCUAAUAACUCGUUGGCAACUUAUACAUCUUCCAAAUAUUUCCGCCGAAGAACGUCUAAGAAUACCUGAUUUGUACAUACCUGAAGCAAUAAAGAAGGUUCGAAAUAUUAGAUCUGUUGCGAGUUAUGAAAUUAUUUGGAAAACUGAUAAUAAUACAAUACAAAAAAUAAAAGAAUAUAUAGCAUUAAGUAAUGAAAAUGACGACAGUGAUACAAAUAUUCUGUCUGAGUUAACAAGUAUUGAACCACAAACUGCUGUACAAACAUGUUAUCCAGAAUUAGUUGAAGUAUUUGAAAAUGCAAGAAAUGCGAAAGCAAAGAAACGUCGAAUUAAAACUAAAGCACAAGAUGGCACAGAUGCUAAAAAUGGUAAACGUAAACCAGAGAAGAGACGCCAAAAAAAGAAUGAAAAAGAUAAUCGAAAAAUAGAUGAAUUUCUUCCGAAAAAUGAUCCUACGUCUUUGGAAGAAUGUUUUGGAAGAAUGAGUAUUACACCCAAAAGAUCUAAGAAACUAGAUGAUGUACAAGGAAGCCACAGCAGAACUGGUAAAAUAAAACGCGGUCUGCAGUUUGACAAAGUAUUACAAGUAGAAAAUAUUCAUUCGAAAUUAAAUAAUACAUUAGAUAGAAUGUUUAAUGAACUUUCACCAGACGAUUUUAAUAGCGAUAACGAUGAUCACGAUUUAAACAUGUCAGAAAUAAUCGAUAAUAUAUGUAGUCAAAGAGUUUUCCAAUUUAAUACUAUAGAAGAUGUGCAAAUACUUAAGGAUGAAAAUAGUUUACAUAAAAAAGAUAUUGAAAAUUUGGAAACACUUGAUAAGACAGACAAUAUUCAAAUGGAGACUAAUCAAUGUUCAGGAAAUGUAAUUCCUGAUAAAUUACGUGAUGAAUUUGCUGACAUAAGUGAAGCUUACGUUCCUCUCGAUCAAAGAAUAGUUUGCAAAAACAAGGAAAGAUUUAAACAAAUUUCACCAAUAACGAAUGAACGAUUUAGUUUUGGUAUUGAUGCUCUCAUGAACGAUACCGAUCUAAAUAUUUAA